CGUCAGAGCAGUAGUUGUUGACAGUCAGUGUUAAAGAUGGCGUGUCAGCGAAGUCUUGGGCAGAUCUGACUUACUGGUUUUCUUGGUUUUAUCUACUCUCGUCGUUUCUAUGAGUUAUGCAGGACAGAUACAGUGAAAUUGGCUUCGUCCAGCAAAUCCUCGGACUAAAUUUGGUGCCAAGAAAAAACGGCACGCAGAGAGGAAACGACACAUCUCUGAGUGACUUCUCCGAAAUGUGGUACGGGGUGUUCCUGUGGGCUGCAGUCUCUUCUCUGGUUUUCCACCUGCCUGCUGCCCUUCUCUCGCUCUCUACGUUGCGUCAACACAAGGUGGCGCGCUUCAUGCCUCUCGCCAUUCUGCUCAUGGGCAUCAUGGGACCAGUGUGUGGGGGCGUCCUCACUAGUGCAGCCAUAGCUGGAGUCUACAAGGCUGCAGGAAAGACUAUGAUAUCAUUGGAGGCGCUGGUCUUUGGGGUUGGACAGUCCUUUUGUGUCCUCCUCAUCUCCUUCCUCAGAGUCCUGGCCACUCUUUAGCAGUGACUGGACUUAAGUGACACCUUGUCUUCACUGGACGACACUUUAACUCAGAUCCUGGGACAUAUGGGAGUUAGUUGUGGAUCAUGAUUUUAUUUCCUUCCAUAGAGAAUGACCUGCUGUGGGUUAACGCUGUGUGUGCGCUCUACAUGACUGAAUCUUUGGCCUAACUCUGGAAGUGUGCUUGUGAAGUUGACAUCCAAAGAUUAACAAACACUACAAAACCUGUCUCUAAAUAGUUUGAACCACUACAAUAACACAGUCUGUGUCGUGUGUUGCUAAUAUCAACAAAGUAGAAGUGUAUUCUCGCCCUCUGUGCACACACACUUUCACUACUCCUACAGUUGUUUUACAAUAUUGAAUAUAAUUCAGUGCUGCUAAUUUUAAAAAACAAUGAUAUUGUUGGUUCUCUCCUGUGUGUGUUUAUCCUUCAUGGUUUGAAAACUAAAAUUCUCAGGACCAGUUGUCUUCACAGGGACCAGAUCCAGGUAAAAUUAAUGGUUCUUGCCCAGCUUUUGUGUGUGUGUGUGACUGACAGCUGUGAUGUGUGUGACAGAUUUUAGACUUGAGCCGUUUGUUCGUAUUUACCAGCCCCACUGUCAGGUUAGUAAAGAGUGAGUGUCUGUGUCUCAGGGAAGUUCUUGGUGGAAGAAAAAAUACUAUAUUUUAACAGGUCUCAGUCCUGACUGUGGCCGACAUUGUUCACUCACUGACAGUGCUUUGUUGACGUGAGACUCUUUCUAUGCAACAUGCUUCUGAAGCUUCCUCCUGAUGCCUUACUGUCCAUUCUGAUGAGCUUUGCUUCAUCGUUGUUGGAUCCAUUCCUUAUCAACCUAUGAUUUGUUUUCCAAGAUCCAAACGAUCAAGCACCACUGACCUGCAGAGAAGCGCUUCCUGUUUCUCUGCUCUUCCUUUAUCUUAUUCAAUCGUCUGGAGUGAAAAGAUCAUCAGCGGGAACCAAGAUUUCGGCAAAAUUCCAACAAAAUGUUGUUUUCCCCAUAAAUUGUAGUGUAAAUUAUUGAAGUGCAGUUAUUUGAUUUAUUCUUCCCAGGUUUUCGAUAAAUUUCAUUGUUUCUGACCAAAUACAAGAAACUGUCUUGU